GGGCACCGGGCACCGCCGGGAGCACCGGGAGCCGAGCCCGGGCGGUGAUAGCGGGGAGCGGGAGCGGCCCCGGGGCCCGGGGACCCCCCGGCGGCCCCAUGAAGGAGCCCGACGCCAUCAAACUCUUCGUGGGGCAGAUCCCGCGGCACCUGGAGGAGAAGGACCUGAAACCGAUUUUUGAGCAAUUCGGGAAAAUCUACGAGCUCACCGUCAUCAAGGACAAGUACACCGGGAUGCACAAAGGAUGCGCCUUCCUGACCUACUGCGCCCGCGAGUCGGCCCUGAAGGCCCAGAGCGCCCUGCACGAGCAGAAAACCCUGCCGGGGCAGCAGGCGGACGAGGACGUGCGCAAGAUGUUCGAGCCCUUCGGCACCAUCGACGAGUGCACGGUGCUGCGCGGCCCCGACGGCACCAGCAAAGGCUGCGCCUUCGUCAAGUUCCAGAGCCACGCGGAGGCCCAGGCCGCCAUCGCCGCCCUGCACGGGAGCCGCACGCUGCCGGGCGCCUCGUCCAGCCUGGUGGUGAAGUUUGCGGACACGGAGAAGGAGCGGGGGCUGCGGCGCAUGCAGCAGGUGGCGAGCCAGCUGGGCAUGUUCAGCCCCAUCGCCCUCCAGUUUGGCGCCUACAGCGCCUACACGCAGGCGCUGAUGCAGCAGCAGGCGGCCCUGGUGGCCGCGCACUCGGCCUACCUCAGCCCCAUGGCCACCAUGGCCGUCCAGAUGCAGCACAUGGGCACGGUCAACCCCAACGGGCUCAUCGCCACCCCCCUGCCACCCUCCUCAGGAACCAGCACCCCCCCGGCCAUGGCGGCCACCCCCGUCCCGGCCAUCGCGGCCCCGCUGAGCGUCAACGGCUACAGCCCCGUGCCCGCGCAGCCCGCGGGACCCUCCGCCCCCGACGCCGUCUACGCCGGGGGGGUCCCCCCCUUCCCAGCCGCGUACCCGGCCGCCUACGGGCUGCAGCGUGAAGGCCCCGAGGGCUGUAACAUCUUCAUCUACCACCUGCCCCAGGAGUUCGCCGACACCGAGAUCCUGCAGAUGUUCCUCCCCUUCGGCAACGUCAUCUCCGCCAAGGUCUUCGUGGACAGGGCCACCAACCAGAGCAAGUGCUUCGGCUUCGUGAGCUUUGACAACCCCGCGAGCGCCCAGGCCGCCAUCCAGGCCAUGAACGGUUUCCAGAUCGGGAUGAAGCGGCUCAAGGUGCAGCUCAAGAGGCCCAAAGACGCCAACAGGCCCUACUGAGCCCGGU